AUGGUGCCCCUGCUGCUGCUGCCUCUGCUGUGGGGUGGGUCCCUGCAGGAGCAGGCAGGCUAUGAGCUCGGAGUGCAGCAAUUGGUGAGUGUGCAGGAGGGUCUGUGCAUCCAUGUGCCCUGUUCCUUCUCCUACCCGUUGAGUUCCGGGUCUUCCUCUAGCAAACUCUACACCUACUGGUACCGGCAUGGAGACAACACAGUCUCUGCUGUGGCCACAAACAACCUAAAUAAACCACUGAAGAGGGAGACCCAGGGCCGAUUCCUCCUCGCAGACCCCAAGACCAACAACUGUUCCCUGAGCAUCAGAGACAUCAGGAGGAGUGACACAGGAACCUAUGUCUUCCGAGUGGAGAGAGGAAGAAAUGUACAAUAUACUUACCGAGAUAAGAAGCUGACAUUGCGGGUGACAGAACUGACACAGAAGCCAGACAUCCUCAUUGUGGAGCCGCUGAAGUCCGGGCACCCUACAGAGCUGACCUGCAGCCUGCCAGGGUCCUGCCAAGGGGGAAGAGCUGUCGCCUUCUCCUGGGUGGGGGCUGCUGUUGUCUCUCUGAACCACCAGAAGCUCCACUCCUCGGUGCUCACCUUCACUCCGAGGCCCCAGGACCAUGGCACCAACCUCACCUGUCAGGUGAAACACCUAUCAUCUUUGGUGACUACAGAGAGAACCAUCUGGCUUAAUGUUUUCUAUGCUCCACAGAGCCUCACCAUAGGCAUGUCCUUCAGAAAUGUGACAGCCCUCAAGAUUAUGCAAGACACCUCAAUUCCCAUCCUGGAGGGGGAGUCUCUGUAUCUGCUCUGUGUGGCUGACAGCAACCCCCCUGCACAGCUGAGCUGGUUCCGGGGGUCCCCAGCCCUGAACACUAUCCCCAUCUCUACAACUGGAAUCCUGGAGCUGCCCCAAAUAAGGGCUGGGGAAGAAGGAAAGUUCACCUGCCAAGCUCGGCACCUGCUGGGCUCACAAAAUAUCUCUCUCAGCCUCUCUGUGGUCUACCCCCCAUGGCUGCUGGGACCCUCUUGCUCCUGGGAGAAUGAGAAUCUGCACUGCAGCUGCUCUUCCCGAGCCCAGCCAACCCCUUCGCUGCGCUGGCAGCUGGAGGAGGGGUUCCUGGAGGGGAAUCACAGCAACUCCUCCUACGUGGUCACCUCCAGCUCCACCGGGUCUUGGGCCAACAGCUCCCUGAACCUAUGCAAGGGGCUCAGCGCCGGCCUCAGACUCAGCUGCCAGGCAGAGAAUGUCCAUGGGGCCCAGAGGGCCAGUGUCCUGCUGCUGCCAGGGAAGUUGGUAUCUGUUUCGAGAGUGGUUCCUGCAGCUCUUGGAGGUGCUGGUGCCAUGGCCCUACUCUUCCUGUGCUUGUGUCUCAUCUUCUUUUGCGUAGUGAAAAAGCACAGGAGGCAAGCAGCCGAGAGACGAAAGGUCACAAGUGAUGAAGAUCCUGUCCUGAGUACAGCCACCUGGGGUUCCCAGCAAAACCCCAGAACACAUGGGCCCUCAGACCAAGAGUCACCCCCAUGGGACACCUCUGCACAGAGAGAGGAGCAGGAUACCCAGUAUGUCAACCUCAGGUUUCACGGGAGGAAGAAAAGGGAGCCUCAGGACAAGGAGGCCACCAGCACCUGCCUGUACUCAGAGAUCAAGAAGACCAGCCACUGAGGAUUUGCUCAGAGCUUAGUCCUGACCAGAGGCAUCACAGCCUCUCUGAGGGAAAGAAGUCAAGGAUAAUUGAUGAAACCUGAGGAGACCUUGUGCAACAUUAACAUGAAUCACUGUAAGAGCAUCCACAGGCAGAGCAGAAAGAAGAAAGAGGAUGGGAUUGGACAGACUUGGGCUCAAAUGUAGACUUCGGCACUUCCUAAGGCAUUG